UUUAUCACUGAUAUUUACAAUAGGGUUAAUAACAUCGAUUAAUGAAAAUCGUGAAUUCUUCUUUAAUGUAAAUUUUCUAAAAAAAUUAGAAUAUUUGUGGCACCUAAUUGAGGAUUAUGUGACAGAGAGCACGAACAAACUUGGCCCGCAUAAAGUAAAAUCUUUAGUGUCAAAAAGUCCUCCUAUGGAUUAUGAAAUUUUUGAAAACUCGGCAUUAAAAUUAUGCAAUGGGUCGAUUUCACUAUCUCCAGUUAUUGAAAAGCAUUUAAGAUGUCGAUUCGUUGAUCAUGGAAAUCCAUUUCUGAAAAUAGCACCAUUCAAACAGGAAGAUGUGUAUUUGGAUCCUUUAAUUGUAAUCUAUCACAAUGUUCUUACCGAUAAAGAAAUAGAAAUGCUCCAAGAAGAGGCUUAUCCCGUCUUGGCACCAUCUACAAUUUUCACAAGUAAAAAAGAAAUACAAUCAUCAAAAGAACGAAUUUCUGAAAGUGCUUGGCUUUAUGAAGACUAUUAUCCAAAAGUUAAGUCUAUAAACAAACGAGCAGGACAUUUAACAAAUUUGAAUAUUGAUGCUUCGGAUACUCUACAAAUUGCAUAUUAUAAACCAGGAGGAUACUUUAAUGAGCACACUGAUUUUAGCAACAACAGGGAUAAUCCAUUUCCGACUGUUGGUCUUGGAAAUCGAAUUGGAACACUAAUGUUUUACUUAAACGAUGUUCAAGAAGGUGGCAAAACAAUUUUCACUCAUCUGAAUAUUAGUUUGACACCAAAAAAAGGAAAUGCUGUUUUCUGGUUCAAUACUUCACCGAAUGGAGACUUAGACUAUUAUACAGUGCAUGCAGGAUGUCGUGUUGUUUCUAGAGUAAAAUGGGUCGCAAAUAAAUGGUUCCACGAAUAUGGCAAUGAAUUUCGUCGGCCUUGUUUGUUGAAAAAUGUUUACGAUGAGAAGAGAAAUAGUGAAUUCUAUUGAAUUAAAAAUUAAUUGUAUACAAUUAAAAAUUGUAUUAAAUGCUUUACAAAAUUUUCUAAAUGUA